CGCGCCAGCCGUUGCCCUCAAACAGAUGGGUGUCUUGAUCUUUGCAAUUGGAAGUAGAGGCUCUGACAGCAGAGAAUUACAGAAAGUGUCCCACGAUCCCAGUUACGCUCUGUCUGUGUCCGAAUUCACUGACCUUCCCAGUGUCCAACAGCAGCUUCAGGCCUCUGUGGAGGCUGUGGUUGUUGACCUCACCCCUGAGUCACCAACUGUACUCGUUGACACUGCCAAAAAGGAUAUUGUAUUCCUCCUCGAUGGUUCUGACGGCACAAGGAAUGGCUUCCCGGCCAUGCGGGAUUUUGUCGAAAAAGUGGUGGAAAAGCUCAAUGUGGGAGAAAACAAAGACCGUGUUUCUGUGGUCCAAUUCAGCAGAGAGGCUGAAGUCCAUUUCGAUCUAAACACGUACAAUACAAAAGAGGAUAUUGUGGAUGCGAUCAGAGGGCUUAGGCACAGAGGAGGAAGACCCCUAAACACCGGGGCAGCCCUCCAAUACGUCAGGGACAAUGUCUUAACAACCUCCUCGGGGAGUAGACAGCGGCAAGGUGUCAAACAAAUGUUGAUCCUGCUAACUGGGGGAAGGUCUUUUGACAAUGUUGACGCCCCAGCCUCUGCUCUCAAACAGCAGGGCGUCUUUGUGAUUGGUAUUGGAACAAGGAACUCUGACAGUAGAGAGCUGCAGAAGUUAUCAUAUGAGCCUACUUAUGCGCUAUCAGUCUCUGAAUUCACCGACCUCCCUAGUGUCCAAGCACAACUCUCCUCUGUCAUGAGCACAGCGCUGGCAAGGGUUACACCUUUGCCACCUACAGUGACGGUGGUGAGACAGCAGCCAGCAGGAAGGGAUGUGGUGUUCUUGCUGGAUGGAUCUGACGGCACCAGAACUGGCUUCCCAGCAAUGCGAGACUUUGUCCAAAGGGUAGUAGAGACACUCAGUGUAGAUGACAACAAAGACCGUGUCUCAGUGGUUCAGUACAGCAGGGAUCCAGCUGUCCAGUUCUAUUUGAACACGUACACGACAAAAGGCCAGAUCCUUGAUGCCGUCAGGGGUUUGAGGCACAAAGGCGGAAGACCCCUCAAUACGGGAGCAGCGCUCCAGUACUUGAGGGAUAACGUUUUCACUUCCUCUGCCGGAAGCAGGCGGCCGGAAGGAGUUCCACAAGUCCUAGUGUUGCUAAGCGGCGGAAAAUCAUUCGACGUUGUUGACGCGCCAGCCGCUGCCCUCAAACAGAUGGGUGUCUUGAUCUUUGCAAUUGGAAGUAGAGGCUCUGACAGCAGAGAAUUACAGAAAGUGUCCCACGAUCCCAGUUACGCUCUGUCUGUGUCCGAAUUCACUGACCUUCCCAGUGUCCAACAGCAGCUUCAGGCCUCUGUGGAGGCUGUGGUUGUUGACCUCACCCCUGAGUCACCAACUGUACUCGCGGAAUCUCAAGGCCCAAGAAAAGACAUUGUCUUCCUUAUUGAUGGAUCGGAUGGUGUUGGGCGAGAAUUUGCUAUCAUCCAACAGUUCAUCCAGAGAGUAGUCGAGAGUCUCAACGUGGGUGAAAACAAGAUCCGAAUUGGUGUGGUCCAGUAUGGUGACUCUGCCAAGGCUGACAUGCAUCUCAAUACCUAUACAACAAAAGAAGGAGUCCUAAACGGCAUCAGGGAAAUGACACAGCUUGGAGGAAGACAGCGGAACCUUGGCCAAGCAUUGCAGUUUCUCAGUCAGAACGUUAUGAUUCCAGAACGAGGUAGCAGGAAACGAGAAGGUGUGCCACAGUUUGCUAUCGUUGUGUCCAGUAGGCCCUCAACAGAUGAUAUCACUCGUCCAGCCUCUUCCCUCAAGCAAUCUGGAGUCAUCUCAUUCAGCAUUGGCACAAGGGAGAUCAAUCCCACAGAACUAAAAGUAGUGUCAUAUGUCCCAAAUUUCUCCUUUACUGUUGAUGACCUCCCCGGCUUGUACGUAGUCCAAGAAGAUCUCAUCACCACAAUAACAGAGUUAUCAGACGAGGAUAUUAGAAAGUUGAGACCUCAAUUCCCAACAUAUGAAGUAUUCACACCACCAGCAGCAACAGGAGAUAAGAGGGAUGUCGUCUUUCUGAUCGAUGGCUCUACUGCAACACGUAGUGAGUUCCCAUUCAUCCGUGACAUGAUAAGAAGAGUUGUGGAGCAGCUGGAUGUAGAACUGGACAGGGUCAGAGUCUCAGUGGUACAGUACAGCGACGACGCGAAGCCAGAAUUCCUCCUCAACGAACACUCCACCAAAGCCGAAGUCCAGCAGGCUGUGGGGAAACUCAGAAGCAUCAGUGGAAAUCGCCUCAACACGGGCCGGGCUCUUGAAUGGGUCUCCAGGAACAUCUACCAGAGAUCUGCAGGAAGCCGCGUCGAGGAAGGCGUGCCUCAGUUCCUCAUUCUGGUCACGGGCGGCAGGUCUUCAGAUGAUGUGUCCACACAAGCCGACCAUUUAAAGAGAAAUCAGGUUGCACCCCUGGCCAUUGGUUCAAGAAACGCAGAUCUAAAUGAGCUGAGACAGAUUUCCUUAAAGCCAGAGCUUGUGUACUCCGUUGACAGUUUUCAACAACUUCCAAGAGUGGAUCCACAACUCAUUAGUUCAAUCCAAACAAUAUCUGCUGACGAUAUCCGCAGUUAUAUUCCAACAGUGGAGAUAGCCACUCUAGAUCUUGGGAAAAAGGACAUCAUCUUCCUCAUUGAUGGCUCAGACACCACCGGUCCCAAUGGGAUUGCCCAUAUUCGAGACUUUAUCGUCACCAUUGUCCAACAGCUCGAUGUGCAGCCUGAUAAAGUUCGUGUUGCUGUUGUCCAGUACGCAGACAGAGCUAAAACCGAGUUCUCACUCAACACCCACAACAACAAGCAGGCUGUGCUGUCUGCUGUCAAACGCCUUCGUCAGAUGGGCGGACGCUCCUCUCAGCUGGCCAAUGCCAUCGAUCAUGUCUUAGAGAACGAGGUCAAACCUUUGGCUGGCGUUCGUCUGUCUGACGCCUCCCAGCAUCUUGUGGUUCUCACAGGAGGACCGUCCACCCAAUCGGUUUCUAUCUCUGGACCGCUGCUGAAGAACAAGCGGGUGAACUGCAUUGGUGUUGGGACUGGCAAUGCUGACAGAUCUCAGCUAAGUCAAAUUGCCACUUCGUCAGAAGAUGUUGUUACAGUGCCUACGUUCCCCAACUUGCCAACAGCAAAAGACAAGGUUAUUUCCAGACUGAGAGGCUCCACAGGGACUGUUUUCCCCACAUAUGUUUAUCCAACGGAAGAUCUGCCUCAAUCCAAAAAGGCCGACAUAGUAUUCCUAAUGGAUGGAUCCAUCAACCUGGGCCAGAGCAACUUCAACAACGUCAGGGACUUCAUCAUGAACCUUGUUGAUCUGUUCUACAGCGAGAGAGACAACCUACGGAUCGGCCUGGCUCAGUAUGCCACAGAUGUGAGCGACGCCUUUUUCCUCAACACCUACAGUAACAGGGACGACAUCAUCGAAGCAAUCGGCAAGAUUGAAUACAAAGGCGGACGCAGAAUCAUGACCGGCGACGCCAUUCGCCACAUGCAAGACGUCCAUUUUAGCAAGCAGAGAGGCAGUAGGAUAGACGAAGGUACUCCUCAGAUCCUCAUGCUUGUCACAGGAGGUCGCUCACAGGAUGACGGGAAGACAGCCGCGCUGAGCCUGAAGAGCAAAGGCGUAAGAAUCUUUGCUGUUGGAGUGGGCGACAUUCAGGAUGAGCUGGAAAACCUUGCGAGUCAAUCGUCUACUGUGGCCCGAGCACUGACCUCCCAGGAGCUGUCAGAGCUCAAUGAACAAAUCCUGGAGGUUUUGGACGAUGAAGUGAAGGGGAAACCUUGCAUUGAUUCACAACAAGCAGCCAAACCCUGCAAUGUCGAGGUGUUAGUUGGCUUUGAUGUGUCUGGCCAGAACAUCUUCAGCACUCAAACCAACCUUCAGAGCAAGAUGAACGCCAUUCUGCAGAGAAUUUCCAAAAUGGCCCCCAUCAGUUGCUCCGGAGGGCAGAACCCCUCCAUCCAGGUGGGCCUGCUGGCCUUGGACUCUGCCUCCAAGCCGGUCCAAAUCGACUUCAAGGACAACCCUGAUGAGCUGUUUGAGGUCUUCAGAGGCCUGCGGAGUCAGGGCCCCUUCAUCCUGAAUGCUCAGACCAUCCAAGCCUACAUGAACCGGUUCCGAGUCAGACAAGCCGACACCAUCAAGGUCAUCAUUCAUCUGACGGACGGUCUCGAUGCUCCAUACCCUGAAAUGAAGAGACGAGUUGAGGAGCUACGUCGGUCGGGAGUCAACAGUUUCAUUCUGGUCGGGCUGGAGCGGGUGGAGGACUUUGAAGAGGCUCUGCUGUUGGAAUUUGGCCGCGGCUUUAGGUACACAAGGCCCUUAAAACUCAACGUCAUGGACCUGGACUAUGAACUUAUGGAGGAACUGGACAACAUCGCAGAGAGGGAGUGCUGUGGCGUUCCAUGCAAAUGUACUGGGAACCGAGGAGACCGAGGGGGCGUGGGCCUGCCGGGGAUUAAGGGUAGUCCGGGAUUACCAGGAAGCCAGGGACAUCCUGGUGACGAGGGCGGACCAGGAGAAAGAGGUCCUCCUGGUGUUAAUGGCACUCAGGGCUUCCAGGGAUGUCCUGGACAGAGAGGUGUCAAGGGAUCUCGUGGGUUCUCAGGAGAAAAGGGUGAAUUAGGAGAACUUGGACUUGAUGGCAUCAAUGGAGAAGAAGGGAAAAGUGGAGUUGCUGGGCCUCCAGGUGACAGAGGAAACCCUGGCAGGAGAGGUGCUAAAGGAGCCAAAGGACAAGCAGGCGACAUAGGACAAAUGGGAAUCAGAGGAGACCCUGGGACAAGGGGGCAAGAUAACAACAGUCCAGGACCUAAAGGAGAGCGCGGUGAUAUCGGACCCCCGGGAGUUCCUGGUGAAGAUGGGUUGAAAGGAACCCCUGGCGAUAACGGUAGACGGGGACUUGAUGGCAGAAGAGGUCAGCCAGGACAACCUGGAGAACGUGGGCUUCCUGGAGACCGAGGCCAGGCCGGACAGCGCGGUAUCGCAGGCUCAAGAGGUACAGCUGGACCAGUCGGUACACGAGGACCCAAAGGGGAAGACGGCAACCCAGGACCCAGAGGUCCUGGAGGUAAUCCUGGUCCAAAUGGAGAAAAUGGAAGAAGAGGACCUCUAGGUCGCAAGGGAGAACCGGGAGAACCGGGAUCCCAGGGCGUGAUCGGACCGGUUGGCCCCCACGGAGAGCCUGGUCAAGAUGGCAGAGAUGGAAUCGGUUCGACGGGAGAAAAAGGACGGAAGGGUGAUGAUGGUUUCCCAGGAUUCCCUGGACUCAAGGGUGCAGCCGGAGACCCUGGACCCCGUGGAGGACCCGGACCCAGAGGGAACCAUGGACAAAGAGGUGUCUCCGGGGAUGUUGGAUCACCUGGACAGAAGGGAGAAGUUGGAUAUCCUGGACCUUAUGGAGCCAAAGGACCCAGAGGACCAGGUGUCGUGCAAUGUGACCUGGUCAAGAAGAUCAGAGAUAACUGUCCUUGCUGUUAUGGUAAGCAGGAAUGCCCGCUGUACCCCACCGAGCUAGCCUUCGCGCUGGACGUGUCCACGGCCGUGGACCGCCAGGUCUUCACCAACAUGCGGGACACGGCCGCCCUCCUGGUCAGGAACAUCACCAUCGCCGAGAGCAACUGUCCCAGAGGAGCUCGCGUCGCUCUCACCUUGUACAACAACGAGGUGAUCACCGAGUUCCGGUUCGCCGACUCCAUGAAGAAGCGGUCGCUGGUGGAUCACAUCGAGGGGCUGCAGAAACCGCGGUCCAGUAAGGAGGCCAGUCUGGACUUGGCCAUGAGCUUCGUGGCCCAGAACACCUUCAAGAGAGUACGCAGCGGCUUCCUGAUGAGGAAGGUCGCCGUCUUCUUUGUUGGCCAUCGUGUCAGGCAGACGCAGAGAAUCACCAACGCCGCCCUUCGCCUUCACGAUGCCGGAAUCGCCACGCUGCUGUUGGUGAACAGCGAGAGCAGAGAGCUGAGCCGGGCGGUUCAGGUCAACAACACGGCGCUGGCCCAGGUCAUCGUCCUUCCCUCCCCAGGAAGCUCCCAGUACAACUUGGUCUUCCAGAAGAUCUUGAGUUGCCACGUCUGUUACGAUUCCUGCUCUCCAGACCAGCUUUGUGACUAUCUGCCUCCGUCGUCCAGCCGCGAUCGGCGAUCUCUGACGUCCGACGUGGACAUCGACAUGGCGUUCGUCAUAGACAGCUCCGAGUCGACCUUCCCGUCCUUCUUCAUCGAGAUUAAACGAUACAUCGCUCACAUCGUAGAGGCUCUUCACGUGUCUUCGGAUCCCACCGCCUCCGUCCAUCACGCCAGAGUGUCUGUCGUCCAGCAGGCUCCCUACGAGUUCAUCCACAACCGGACCGGCCCACCCAUCCGCGUGGACAUGGGCCUGACCGACCACGCCUCGGCUCAGGCCGUCGUCCGGUUCCUGCUGGACAAGACGGAGCAGCUGGAGGGCGGCCGCGCCCUGCCGGCGGCCAUCGAGGCCACCGUGGAUCAGGUGUUUGAGAAGGCGCCGCUGCAGCGCGACAGGAAGGUGAUCGUGCUGUUUGUGACCGGCAGCGUGGAGGAGGACGAGGAGCAGCUGGUCCGCAUCGCCAACGAGGUCAAAUGCAGAGGCUACUUCCUGGUGAUCUUCGGCGUGGGCGAGUCGGUGGGGCCCAGGGACGCUCACGUCCUGUCACGCAUGGCGAGCGAACCCUCUGAUGUCUUCUUCAAGCGCCUCGACCUCAUUUCCCACUUUUAUGACAAACACAUCCAGACGUUUGGCCAGCUGUUUGCUAAGUAUAUCAGCUUCGAAAACCGGCCUGAACAAUCUAAGAGCUGCCAGUGGACGCAGAGCGACCAGCCGCUGAAGAGCCCUCUGCCCCCUUCACAGCAGCAGCAGAAACACCAGAAGCAUGAUGACGGCCACCAAGCAGUGCAUGAAGGAAAGAUCAGUAACGCCGACGAGUUGCACGUCUCCAACGUCACCGCCAGCAGCUUCACGUUGCGGUGGAGCAACCCCGAACCCAAACUGCUGGUCUACUUUGAGGUGGUGGUGACCCGACUGCAGGACCACAGCCUGGUGGUGAAGACCAACGUUUCAGGCUCUGAGACGGCGGUGUUCAACGUGGAGAGCUCUCAGACGUAUCACGCUGUGGUCACGGCGUACACAGCAGAGGGCCGGGCCGUCUCCAUCCGCAAGGGCAUCGUCACAACCAAAGCAGCCAGCCUCGGCAGCAGCACUGUAAAAACUACACCGCUGGACAAACCGGAGCUUGCCAGUGGCCUGGCAGACCGCUGCUCACUUGACUUUGACCCGGGAAUGCCGUGCAAAGACUUUGAGGCUAAGUGGUUCUUUGACAGACAGAAUGGGUUCUGUGCAAAGUUCUGGUUUGGAGGUUGUGGAGGAAAUGAGAAUAGGUUCGACUCAGAAGAACUUUGCUUGAAAAACUGCAUGAGGUCAGUUUCUGCCUCUGCAGCGCCGCAGCCAGAGGAGCAGCGAGCCGAACAGCUGGAGAUUCUCCCGGCGCCUGCUGCCAUUACGUCUGUGGACAUUUGCCAGCUUCCCAAAGAAGAAGGAAAAUGUGCAAAGUUUGUUCUGAAGUGGCAUUUUGAUGCUGCCAGCAGGAGCUGCAGCCGGUUCUGGUACGGCGGCUGCGAGGGGAACCAGAACCGCUUUGACACGUAUGAGCAGUGCAUGAAGGCGUGUGGAGCCGCAGCAGGGAACCCGGGGCUCCUGGCCGCAGUGAGAACAUAGGAGUGGCGCCUCAACCUCGUCUGCAGAAGCGAAGGGCCGCACUGUAAGGACGCCUUGCUGAAGCAAUGGUGGCAGCACUGGACUCAACACACAUGAACUUUGACCCCCGACUUCCUGAAGUAGUCUGUUUGACCACGAGAUGUAAGGAAGACAGUUCGCUGCGUGAAAACUUUAAUCUAUUGGUGCUAAACGUCUGAGUUGAAUAAAUGCAGCAGUUUGUCUUGAACCAUGAAGUAAAAGAGGUUUUGAUGUUUCUAUGAUGAAUCUGUAAUGAAUCCACCAGCAGGACUUGAGCCUCGGUGAGUCUCUUCACUGCGGCGUCGCGCGGCUCUUUACGGCUCUUUACGGCUCUUUACGGCCAUGUUUGUCCCCCAGAAACUCGCCGCUCUGAUGUCCAGUUAAAGUCACUUCCAGAUCCGUUUCCUGCUACUUAAACAGAAUGUAACGUCACUCUGGUUUUGGUUUUCAUGAGUUUUGUCCGUCAGUCUGUCUGGGGAAAUAAAAUGAAGUAGACUUUGUAAUAAA